GGAUAAUCGUCAAACGCUCGUUAUUUGGUGCAGCAGCAAGCCGAUUAAUCGUGAAUUUUGUUUGUUUCAGGGGGAGAAUCUAAGACUGGUAGUUGUGAUUUAUACUUUUAGUCUCAUGAGUGCAUAAUCUAGUUUCUGAACAUUCCAGUUAUGGAACUGCGAUUAACCAUAUGUGCAGUACUUACCUUCUACGUAUCGUUAACCGAUGAAAAAGUAGUUAGAGUAAAACGAAGCCAGCAUGUUCCUCCUUUAGAAGCGCCUACUUUUAGGAGGGAUUCGGUGGAACACCCACCCAUUUUUGAUCGUUAUACCGAUAGGAGUUCGUACUAUACCGUCCUAGAGGAAUACGGAUCCAGAAGUCUACCACUGAGGGCUGCUGUGGAAAGCAUUCCAAAUGUGCUACAGACGUCGAAGCGCCUCCCACUAAGAGACGCCGUGGAAAAAAGACCUCCGCCAGAUGAACCCUUCGACUCGGUAGAAGACCUAGGCGAAGCAAACUACAACUUCCUCCCGUACCAGAAGGUACAACCAUCUGGCAAACUAGAUUUCUCUUCCACCAGCGAAAAAACUCCACAUCAGGAUACCCCCAAAAUCGAGACCAGUUUUAAUCCUUACAGCUCCCUACCUCAAUACCAGCACGUACCUCCUCAAUAUGUGCCAAAUCAGUACCUCUACACACCCCACAACUUCGUGUAUUCUGGUCCACAGCCACACUUCUACCAGAGUCAGACGUUGUAUUCGCCGCUGCAAUUCUUCAGGAAUGUCAUAGGCGACUAUAGGAGCGCUACCCCGUACAGAAUAGACAACAGUUUCCAGCAGCUGCUGGUGAGUCCCGCUGUGCCAAGAGGGAGGAGUCUAGGGGCCGAGAAUCCGUUACUUAGGAGAGGAGGUGAAAAACUAGAAAGAAACUAUGGUGCCAUGAACAAAAAAAUCGUCUGCUACGUGGAAGGAAAAGCGACGUACAGGAAGGAACCCCUUAACUUUAGCCCUGAAGAGAUGGAUCCCUUCGCGUGCACUCACGUUAUCUACGCUUAUGCUUCCGUAGAUCCGCACACUUUCGAAAUGAUGUCAAACGACGAGGAGUUCGAUAUAGUUCAAGGUGGAUACCGCGCCAUCACCGGCUUGAAACGCCUCAACCCCAACCUGAAGGUCCUGAUAUCCCUUGGGGGAGGCAGAGAGGACGGCUCCCACCGCUUCAGCAGCCUCAUCUCCAGCGCUCGCAACAGACGCGACUUCAUCCGCUCCGCCAUCUCCUUCAUCAAGCAAUACGACUUCGAUGGUAUGGACAUCCACUGGCAAUACCCAGGGGCCGAGGAACUGGGCGGCCACGUCACCGACAAGGAGUUCCUGACCCUGUUCUUGGAGGAACUCUCGGAAAUCUUCAAGGAACGCGGGUGGUUGCUCGUGGUAUCCGCGCCUGCCUCCAGGUUUAGGAUCGAAGACGGUUUCAACCCGUCUUCCUUGGGGAACGCCGUGGAUUUCGUGAACGUGCAGGCGUAUGACUUCCACAGGGAUCGGGAACCGGUGGCGGAUCACCAUUCCAACUUGCACGCCAGGCAUCAGGAUAACGGGCUCAAUUUAUUUUUGAGUGUGGACUACGCUGUAAAAUUCUGGCUGAAGAAGGGACUUCCGCGGUCGAAACUGGUCCUGGGCAUUCCAUUUUUCGGACGGUCCUUCACCCUCCAGUACUCCAACGAUACCGGCAUUGGAUCGCCCAUCAUAGGUCCCGGAAAAGAGGGAUUCUACACGCAGAACCCCGGAUUCUUGUCCUACUUCGAGAUUUGCGAAAUGGAGCUCAACGAGGGAUGGUACCGGCACGAAGACGGCGUGGGGUCCCCCUAUCUCGUGAACGGCAACCAGUGGGUGGGUUUCGACGAUGAACGGAGCAUAAGGAAAAAGGUCGAGUACGUCAAAGUGCAGGAUCUCGCAGGUGUGUAUGUUUUCGCUGCGGAUCUAGAUGACUUCAAAGGGUUGUGUGGCGAAAAAUGGCCUCUCCUCACUGCUCUCAACAAGGACUUGAGAGGUGUGGAACAGUCUUCUAUAAACUUCGACCACAACCCACCAACUCAACCCUUCGGAACUUGCAAGUCGACGGGAUUUUACAGCGAUCCGAAAAACUGCGCCGCCUACUACGUUUGCAAGAACGGUUUGAGCUACCACUUGUCCUGCGGGGAAAACCUGAUGUUCAAUUCCAACACUGGAAAAUGCGAACACUUCAGCGCUGAGAGAUGCAAGCCAGGACAGACGGUUUACAUUCCGAAUAGUUUGAAGGAAAUAGAUCCCUUGUUGAGGCGGGACCAGAUCAAAGACAGCAAACCAAAAGUGGUGUGUUACGUCACAAACUGGGCAUUCUACAGAAAGGCUGAAGGAAAAUUUGUACCUGAACACAUCGAUCAAAGACUGUGUACCCAUGUCGUCUACGCUUUUGCCAGCUUGGACCCCGAGAAGCUUCUCAUGAAAGAAUUUGAUCCUUGGGCCGAUUUGGACAACAGCCUUUACGAAAGGAUAACAUCCCUGCAAGACACAACCACUCUUUUGUCCUUAGGCGGCUGGACAGAUUCUGCUGGAGACAAAUUCUCGAGACUAGUCAGUGACGGCUCGGCUAGAAGGCGAUUUGUCAUCGGUGCCGUUAGUUUUUUACGCAGAUACGGAUUUAAGGGAUUGCACUUCGACUGGAAUUACCCAGUCUGUUGGCAGAGCAACUGCAAGAGAGGACCGUCGUCCGACAAAACCAACUACCCCAAACUUCUCCAGGAGCUGAGGAAGGAGUUUGACAAAGAGAAUCCGCCGCUGGUAUUGGCAGCUUCGAUCUCUGGUUACAAGGAGGUGAUCGAUGUCGCUUACGAUUUAACGACCUUGGGGCAAACUUUAGACUUCAUGUCGGUGAUGACUUACGAUUACCACGGUGCUUGGGAGCACCAGACUGGUCACGUGAGUCCCCUGUACCAGCGCCCAGGCGACAAGUAUCCUCAGUAUAAUUCGAACUUCACCAUGGAAUAUUUGGUAUCUCGAGGAGCCCCGCGAGAAAAACUUUUGAUGGGCGUUCCCUUCUACGGACAGAGCUUCACCCUAUCAAAGGACACUAAAUACGGAGAAAACGCUCCAAGUACCGGUCCAGGAGAAGCCGGCGAAUAUACCAAGCAACCCGGUAUGUUGGCGUACUAUGAAGUCUGUAACAGGAUCAGAAGCCAGAGGUGGAUCUCAAACGCCAAUACCGGCUCUGGAGGACCAUACGCUUACAACAGAAACCAAUGGGUUGGGUACGAGGACGUCAAUUCCAUUAAGGAAAAGGCAAAUUACAUCAAAACCAAAGGCUUUGGCGGUGCCGUAGCCUGGACCAUUGACUUAGACGACUUCAAUAAUCGAUGCUGUGAAGGAACUUUCCCGCUCCUCCGUUCUUUGAACUACGAACUAGGUCUUAUCUCGGACAAACCCACUAAGGGAGAUUGCACUAAGCCUCCAACACCCUCUACUCCUGCACCUCCCGAAACCACGACCGGAGUAGAUUCCGGAGCUGCAAGUUCCACCACAGAACACAUACACGGAGAGUGGACGAGCAGCACCACGAAGAAGCCAACCACGUCCGCAUGGUGGACCACGACCAAAAAACCUACCAGUAGCAAGCCGACUACUAGCCCCUGGUGGACGGAAAAACCAUCUUCAACGUCUAAACCAACCACUUGGAGUCCAUGGUGGUCAACUUCCACGAGCGCUACUAGUAAGCCUACAACAAAGCCGAGUACGCCAGUUGUUUGGUGGACAGAGAAACCAUCGACGAUACCCACGACGAGGCCAACCAUAACCACUGUGGCGUGGUGGGCUACAAAACCUUCUACUACUGCAAGGCCUACGACUAGCACGACAGAGGCUACACCAGACGGCUCGACGAUAGUACCACCCCCUGCAGUGGUAAUGCCUGAAGUCGACACCCCAUCAAAAUCAUGCGAACCAGGGCAGCACCUUCCCGACCCAUCUAACUGCAACGCCUACUACAGAUGUAUUCUAGGAGAACUCAAGAAACAGUACUGCGCUGGAGGUUUACAUUGGAACAAACGAAAAAGUAUCUGCGACUGGCCCAAGGAGGCGAAGUGCCAAGAAGAAAAACCGUAUCUAGCGACCACCACCAGGAAACCAGUGAGGAAACCCCAAACGACCGUCCUCUGGCAAACGAGAACAACGCCCACGAAAGUCACACGAACAACUCAAGCCCCGCAAACAGCGAGACCCACGACCAGCACGCAAGCGACAACAAGUAAGAAAGACUGCCUUACCGGGACUUACUACCCGCACGAGUUGUGUUCUCAAUUUUACGUUUGUGUGAAUGGGCACUUGGUGGAGCAAAACUGUGCGCCUGGCCUGAGUUGGAACGCCCCAGAGGGCAUGUGUGACUGGAACUUUAAGGUGAAAUGUAUUCCGGGGAAUAAAGCCGCACAGAAAUUUCAUUUACUAAACAAUCAUUACGUCGGAGAUCGACCUCAACCCUACUCAUCGUGCACAGAAAAUACUUUUGCUCCCCUUGCAGGAGAUUGUACGCAAUAUUUGCACUGCCUUUGGGGAAAAUAUGAAGUUUUCCAAUGUGCUCCGGGUCUGCAUUGGAACGAUCAAAAGAAAAUAUGCGACUGGCCUAGGGGAGCGCACUGCUCGCAAGAUACCGACAACAGCAUUGUAGAUGCAGACACCACCCCCAAACCGGCAGUUACCACCAGCAGACCGUCAAGUAAGAAACCCACCACUCCGUCACAGUGGAAACCUCCAACGACUACUGCGUCGCAGUGGAAACCACCAUCCACUACCACUACCGAAUCAUCCGGCAACGAAUGGGAAUGGCACCCUCCAAUCCCCCCCACAUCAGAGAAACCGCCACUGUCCGAACCGUUGAAACCGUUCUCGGGAUAUUACAAGAUAGUGUGUUACUUCACCAAUUGGGCUUGGUACAGGAAGGGAUCUGGAAAGUACCUUCCCGAGGACAUCGAUGAAAAUCUUUGCACGCAUAUCGUGUACGGAUUCGCUGUGUUGGAUUAUUCUAAUCAUAUCAUCAAGGCUCACGAUUCUUGGGCUGAUUUCGACAAUCAAUUCUACAAAAGGGUAACUGCGUACAAGGAAAAGGGCGUUAAAGUAUCAAUAGCCAUCGGGGGUUGGAACGAUUCUCAAGGGGACAAAUACUCUAAGUUGGUUAACAACCCAGCCGCGAGAAGGAGAUUUAUCGAGCACAUUCUCAAAUUCUUGGAGAAAUACAACUUUGAUGGGUUAGAUCUCGACUGGGAGUACCCGAAAUGCUGGCAGGUCGACUGUAAAAAAGGUCCCGAUUCCGAUAAAGAAGCCUUUGCCGCGUUCGUCACCGAACUGAAACAAGCCUUUAAACCGAAGGGCUACCUACUAUCCGCAGCUGUAUCUCCCAGUAAAACCGUCAUAGACGCUGGUUACAACGUACCAGUUUUAGCAGAUAACCUGGACUGGGUCGCCGUGAUGACCUACGAUUUCCACGGGCAAUGGGACAAACAGACCGGACAUGUCGCCCCACUGUUUUAUCAUCCUGAGGACGAAGUGGCUUUCUAUAAUUCGAACUUCUCCAUAAAUUACUGGAUAUCGGAAGGCGUACCUAGGAGGAAAAUAGUGAUGGGAAUGCCGCUUUACGGCCAAGCCUUCAGGUUAGAAAAAGAAUCGGAACACGGCCUCAACGCCAAAGCUCCAGGACCUGGAGAAGCAGGCCCUUACACGCGAGCCGCCGGUUUCUUAGCUUACUACGAAAUUUGCGACAAUAUCCAGAACAAGGGAUGGACCGUGGUUCAAGACCCGAAGCGGCGUAUGGGUCCCUAUGCCUACAAAGGAAACCAAUGGGUGUCUUUCGACGACAGAGAAAUGAUCAGGAUCAAAUCCGAAUACAUCAGGAAGAUGGACAUAGGCGGAGGGAUGAUCUGGGCUUUGGACUUGGACGACUUUAAAAAUAAGUGCGGUGACGGUCGUCAUCCUCUUCUGACUACCAUAAGGAAUGUUCUCGCUGAUCCUGGAAACGGCGAACAAGAAACGAUCCCUCCGAUAGAAGAAGAACCUCCUGCGAUAGGGGAGCCUGAACCUGUAGAAGCGGAAGAGGAACCACUACCACCUAGAAUAGAUCAAACCGUGGCGCCUCCACCCGCGCAGACAACCACCACUCAAGCUCUAGUUGAUCUCAAUUCCGAGUUCAAGGUUGUUUGUUACUUUACGAAUUGGGCGUGGUACAGGCAGGGUGUAGGGAAAUACUUACCGUCGGAUAUAGAUCCAGAUUUAUGUACACACAUCGUGUACGGUUUCGCAGUGCUCAACGGAGAUCAACUAAUUAUUAAACCUCACGACACCUGGGCCGACUUUGAUAACAAAUUCUAUGAAAAACUAACAGCUCUCAAGGCCAAAGGCAUAAAGGUCCUGAUUGCAAUUGGCGGAUGGAAUGACUCAGCAGGAGACAAAUAUUCAAAACUAGUCAAUAACCCUUCAGCUAGAAGACGGUUUGUAAGCCACGUAGUAGAUUUCAUCGAGGAGAAUAACUUUGACGGUCUAGACCUUGACUGGGAAUAUCCUAAAUGUUGGCAGGUGGACUGCAACAAGGGUCCUUCAUCGGACAAACCGGCUUUCGCGGAACUUGUCAAAGAGCUCCACGAAGCUUUCCAACCCAAAGGUUGGCUCCUGUCCUCGGCAGUUUCUCCAAGUAAAAGAGUCAUCGAUGCGGGAUACGACGUCCCAGCGCUAUCUAAAUACCUCGACUGGAUUGCCGUUAUGUGUUACGAUUACCACGGUCAGUGGGAUAAAAUAACGGGACAUGUCGCCCCUAUGUACGCUCAUCCCGAAGAUAUCGACGAUACAUUUAACACAAACUUCACGAUUCAUUACUGGAUAGAGAAGGGCGCGGACAGGCGAAAACUUGUCAUGGGUAUGCCCAUGUAUGGGCAGUCCUUCUCUUUGGCGGAUAAUAGCAACAACGGUUUGAACGCUGCUACGUACGGAGGUGGAGAAGCUGGGGAGGAGACGAGAGCUAGAGGUUUCUUGGCAUACUACGAAAUUUGUACCAACAUAAUGAAAAAAGGAUGGCAAGUGGUGAGGGACCGUAAAGGACGCUUGGGACCAUAUGCCUACCUAAGAGACCAGUGGGUAUCAUUCGACGACAUCGGCAUGAUCAGGCACAAAUCUGAAUACAUCAAAGCUAUGGGACUCGGUGGCGGGAUGAUCUGGGCGUUGGAUCUCGACGAUUUCAAGAACAUCUGCGGCUGCGAGGAAUAUCCUUUGCUCAGGACGAUAAACAGAGUUUUGAGGGACUACGCUAAACCGGCACCAAAGUGUAUUUUGGGUAAACCCCAGAAACCCAUGAAGAAGCCUACUUUGAAACCGACCACGAAAAAACCAACCACCCCAUCACCCGUCCAAACGCAAAAGCCUAGUCAUCCUGUCCAAUCUCAGCCACCGCCCAAGACCUGUGACGGAAAGCUGUUUGUAUCCCACGAUACCAACUGCAACCAAUACUACCUUUGCAACCAAGGACAGCUUCAAAUACAGUCUUGCCCGAGUGGGUUAUUCUGGAAUAACGACCACUGCGACUGGCCGGAAAAUACCCAGUGUCAUCCGGAUGGCAGCACAACUGCUCCGAUCGACGAAAUCACCGAACCUUACGAACCGGCUUCAGAGGGAACCACCGAGGAAAGUUACCUCCCACCGAUCGAAACGACCAGUAAGCCGUCUUACCCAGGAACUGAGGUGGAGGUAGGUGGUGACGACUACAAAGUUGUCUGUUACUUCACGAACUGGGCUUGGUACAGGCAGGGCGACGGAAAGUACCUCCCUUCGGACAUAGACCCAGAAUUAUGCACGCACAUUAACUACGGCUUUGCCGUGUUAGAUUCCACCGCCCUAACCAUCAAACCGCAUGAUUCCUGGGCGGAUAUCGACAACGAGUUCUAUAAAAAGGUGACGGAGUUCAAGAGCAAAGGAAUUAAAGUGUUAAUCGCUAUCGGGGGAUGGAACGAUUCUUUGGGGAACAAAUACUCGAGGCUCGUGAACGACCCGCAGGCCAGAGCAAGAUUUAUCACCAACGUCAUACAAUUUAUCGAGAAGUGGGACUUUGACGGCUUAGAUAUUGACUGGGAAUAUCCCAAAUGUUGGCAGGUCGACUGCAAUAAAGGACCGGACUCAGAUAAGAAAGGUUUUGCGGCGCUCGUAAGAGAAUUGAGCACCGCUUUCAGGCCGAAAGGUUUGCUGCUGUCCUCUGCCGUGUCUCCAAGCAAAGCGGUGAUCGAUGCCGGAUAUGACGUGCCAGUGUUGAGCAAAUACUUCGACUGGAUAGCCAUUAUGACGUACGACUUCCACGGGCAUUGGGAUAAACAAACCGGCCACGUUGCGCCUCUGUACCAUUAUCCAGGGGAUUUGUACGACUAUUUCAAUGCAAACUUCUCUAUAAACUACUGGAUAGAAAAAGGGGCACCGCCAAAGAAGUUAAUAAUGGGUAUGCCCUUGUACGGUCAAUCAUUCAGUUUGGCGGAUGUAGGAAAGAGAGGCUUGAACGAAAAAUCGUAUGGCCCCGGCGAAGCUGGUGAAUUUACAAGAGCGGGAGGUUUCUUGGCGUUCUACGAGAUUUGCGAGAGGGUUAAAAAGAGGGGAUGGACUGUUACGAGAGAUCCUUUAGGAAGAAUCGGCCCUUACGCCUACAUGGGCAGUCAGUGGGUGUCAUAUGACGACAUUUCUGAAAUUAAAAGAAAGUCGAGACUGGUCAAAGAGUUAGGCCUGGGCGGAGGAAUGAUCUGGGCGUUAGAUUUGGACGAUUUCAGGAACAGAUGCGGCUGCGGACAGCACCCACUAUUAAGAACAUUGAAUAAGGAGCUCAGAGGUAUUCCCUCGGACAUAACGUUACAGAACUGCACGUAACGCGUUGCGAGUCAGGAAUUGAAGAAAAAUCUUAAUAUUUUUAUAUUAAAAAUGGGAACAUGUGUUGUGUAUGCUUGAAAUAUUUUUUCUUCUUUAUAAUGUUCGAUGGUUACGUUUUAAAGGAUAGAAAAAUAUUUUUCGUAAUAUUUAUAAGUAGCAUUGUUGUAGGUUAAGAUAAAAUCCUUUAUUUUGUAGUAAAAUAAAUACUCAUUAAAUUUA